CACUGACCUUGACUAUGAGGGGGAAAGUCCACUGGCUCCCCCUGCCGAUCUCCUGGAACAACUAGCCCCCUAUGACUGGCCCGUUCAAGAUGGAGGCUGGCAAAGAUUACCUCCCCCUUCAGAACUACAGAGAAAACUCAGUGAGCAGAGAUGUCGACCCAUAUUUCUAGAAUGCAGGAUUCCAAUCAUGACAGAGGAGAUGGCUCGGAAUGCUCUCCUUAGUUUUGUCAAUUCAAAAUGCUGCUAUGGCAACAGAGCUGCUGGAGAACUGGUCAUUCAGGGUCUGAAACAACAGGCCCUAUACAGAUAUCGACUGGAGACCUAUAAUGAAUCCAGAUUAAGUGAAUGGACUUUUGAGCCUUUUACUAAUCACUCAGUAGAUGGUCCCCAAAAAGGAACCUCUCCCCGACCUUGGGACAUUAAGGUGCAAGUUCCUCCAAUGUUUCAGGAGGAAACCAAGAAGUUACAAGUUCCUCAUUCUUCAACAGUCAAGGAAUGCCACAAAUGCUAUGGUCGUGGACGAUACAAGUGCAGUGGGUGCCACGGUGCAGGCAUGAUGAGGUGUGCCACCUGCAGUGGAGCUAAGCGCAAGGCAAAGCAACAAAGGCGGUGCCAGAUGUGUUCAGGUUCUGGCCGUAAAAGAUGCAGUACCUGUUCAGGGCGGGGGAACAAGACCUGUGCGACAUGCAAGGGGGAGAAAAGACUUAUACACUUCAUCCAGUUGAUAAUAACUUGGAAGAACAAUCUGUUCGAGUUUGUGUCUGAGCAUCAGCUGAACUUUCCAGGGGAGCUGCUCACUAAAGUCAAAGGAGAAAAUAUAUUUAAGGAUGAAAAUGUCAUGGUGUAUCCUAUAAUAGACUUUCCUAAACCUGAGAUCUCUCUAGCAUCCCAGAGAGGCAUCGCUGAGCACAAUGCUGCAUUUGCUUCCAGAUCACGCAUUCUACAGCAGCGCCAGACCAUUGAGCUGAUUCCCCUGACAGAAGUUCACUAUCGGUAUCAAGGGAAGACUCAUCUGUAUUAUGUCUAUGGAAUGGAGAACAAGGUUUAUGCACUGGAUUAUCCUGAGAGAUACUGCUGUGGCUGUACUAUCAUAUGAUGACAAGCUAAAAAUGUUCCUAAACAAGUUAAAGAGUAACAAGAGACAGACUCACACCUCCUCUCAAGAAAGAGAAAAGAGGUUAAAGGUCAAGCAUUUCCCCCACCCUUAUUUUUUCAGGUAACAAAUGAAAACUUCUUUGUGUUGAGAUGUUUACCGCAGUUUCAACUUCCAAAUAAUUAUUUUACGACACUGCUACUUGUGCCCCGUCGCACAUCCUAGGGGAAGUCAGGCUGUAUUGAUAUUUGGAAUUGGUUAGUGUUGGGGACAGAUACUCUGCCCCAGAAAUGGGAAGACCAUUAUUGAUCUCCUGACCAGACAGGGAACUGCUUCUCUCCCACUAUCCCAACCACCAUCCUCAAUUUUGGCCAAAGGGACAUUGCUGUUGUGAGUGAGAGAGGACGGGUCAGAAAUGGCCUGCCAGUAGAGGAGGCAGAGAACAUGUUAUAGCAGCUGCCCAGAAACCAAAAUGGAUUUGCUUCUCACUGUGAUCUUUGGCUUUUGCACUCCAACAUAUAUUGUUCAGUGUCUGUUACUUUAAUCUGCUGAAUUGUAAAAAGGGGAUUUUGAGACCCUAUUGAGCUAUUCAAGAACCAGGGUGAUUCGGGAGAUGUAUUGACCUUGGGAGCAAAUGAAUCCUAGGCAGGCAGGUUAGCAGGUAGUGUGGGCACUGGCCCUGGUGCAGACUUUCUUCUGGCCCAGAUUGAGAAGGGAUGGGUUGAAAAAUAAAUCAGUUGUAAUCAUUAGGGGCAGGGCAAAGGACUAGGUCAGUAGAGCUGUGCAACGCUAUCAAGCCCCUUCCUUCUUCCUCUUGCCCAAUUGAGGGGGCCUGAGGAGAGGCCCUGAAAAAAAUUCAUGCUGUAGAGUGGCAGAGGAUGGUGUUCCAGGUCAUGUUCUCUGAUUCCAUAAAAAUGGUUCAACUUUGUGAAGCUCCUGCUUUUGCACCAGCUUAAAUUUGGGACUCUUAAAUUUUCCUUUGACAUUAGGAAAUUGAGGUCCUGGUUGGGACCUAAUAAUAGACAACAGCUUUGAAGGGAUUUCAAGGGUAACAAUCUGGGUUGGGCCAAGUUGGAUUCCUGGAAACUUCUCAUUUUAUUUACUUUCAUAUGCUAUUAAUGUGAUGAAAAUGUUUGAAAGUGAAAAUGAUUUCAAAGCCCUUAAAAACUAUUGAUUCAAUUUUUCUAACAUUAAGAAGUUUGGGUGUGCAGCAAACACUGUUGGGCAAAUCUUUUACUAAAAAUACUUGACUUUGGGUCUUGUCUACACAUCCUGUGCGUAAUAGAUAUUGUUAUUAAAUAUAUGUCCUGCAAGUAGUAUGUCUAAGUAGAAAGCCUAUUUUAAUUUCAUGCUCCCACUACUUUGCAUCCUGAGGAUAUCAAAAUUGUUUUCCUGGCCCACAAUGAACUUUUUGUGCCUUUUAGAUUGCUUUUGAGUCUUUGUAGCUUUAGCUUUCUUUGAGACAAGGGUAUGUAUUCAAACCUUGUUGUUGCAUUAGGUCAGCUCAACAAUAAAAUGUACUCUAGACUCCAAUAAAAUCGCCAAA